AUGGGGGACACCUUCAUCCGGCACAUCGAGCUGCUGGGCUACGAGAAGAGGUUUUUCCCCAGCCAGCACUACGUCUACAUGUUCCUGGUGAAGUGGAAUGACCUCACCGAAAAGCUCGUCUACCGCCGGUUUACUGAGAUUUACGAGUUCCAUAAAGCGCUGAAGGAGAUGUUCCCCAUCGAAUCCGGCGACAUCAAUGCGGAGAACCGGAUCAUCCCGCACUUGCCAGCCCCAAAGUGGUUCGACGGCCAGCGGUCGACCCAGAGCAGGCAGGGCACGCUGGCCGAGUACUGCUACGCGCUGGUGAACCUGCCCCACAAGAUCUCCCGCUGCCUGCACGUGGUCAACUUCUUCAAGGUGCGGCCUGACGACAUGAGCCCCGUCACCGACAGCCAGAUCAAGAAGCCCGAGGUGUUCCUCCUGCCAAAGGAUGCCAAGAAAAACGCCAGUGACAUCACGGGCCCCAUCAUCCUGCAGACGUACCGAGCCAUCGCUGACUACGAGAAGAGCUCCAAGUCCGAGAUGGCUCUCAAAGCUGGGGACAUGGUGGACAUCGUGGAGAAGAGCGAGAGCGGCUGGUGGUUUUGCCAGUUGAAGAAUAAACGGGGCUGGGUGCCAGCUGCAUAUCUGGAGCCGAUGGAUGGUCCCGAUGAAUCUGAAGAGCAGGAGCCCAACUAUGCAGGUGAGCGGUACGUGGUCCAGAAAAGCUACACAGCCGUGGAGGAGGACGAGCUGACGCUGACGGAGGGCGACACCAUCGAAGUCAUCCACAAGCUGCUCGAUGGCUGGUGGGUCGUCAGGAAGGAUGAAAGCACGGGUUAUUACCCCUCCAUGUACCUGCAGAGAUCAGGGGAGGCGAACACCCCCGAGAAGAGUGAGCUGAGGAACCGGAGCGUUCCCCCCCGCAGAUCCACCAUCCGCAACGCUAAGAGCAUCCACAAGCAGAGCCGGAAGCAGAUCAGCCAGGAGACCUACAGGAGGAAUAGCAGGAAGUAUAUCCAGAGCCGGAGGAACAUGAAGGCCAAUUUGCAGAACAAGGCCAACACCAUCUCUGAGAAAAAUGAGCAAGAGGAGAACAAGUCCAAGGCUCAACCUGCUGUUCCUCCCCGGCCCAGCAAAGACCUCAUCAUGAACCGCUGUACAGAGAGCACCAGGAGAAAGAUCAUGUGA